AUGCCCACAAUUCUACUUCCAGCGUCCGCUGCUGCCUUCGCGCCAAGGUCGUCUCCAAAUGUCGUGUUAAACUCCCGGGUAGAACCGUGGUUAACUGUUACAUUGAAAAGAGUCAACCGGGUCAAGCGUCCGCUUAAUAACGUCACGCAGCACACACGAUGUCUGACCGAAACCCUCUCAUCGCCGAAUGCCAUCUGGACUCUUUGUUCGAUUAUGCUUCCAAAGGCUCCUGAAUCGGAAUUGCGACAAGACGACAAUCCCUUAGUGGAAGCAUUGUAUAACUACCAACUUCUUCACGUAGAGGCGUACGUUGUUCACGUUGACAUGGUUUCCCAGAACGAAGUCGCCUUCAAACUCACUCCAGAGACUAUUGAAUCGCUAGUUGAGUAUCAUAAGGACAUCUACUCCGUGGACACUGCGGCCAACACCUGGAACUGGUCGGAGAAAGAGAUACAGCUUAAGAAAUUACAGGAGGAAUUCGUUCAGGCCGCCAACAGAUUCGUAUAUCGCACAUCUGCGACUGCGCUCGAGGGGAUGGAGGAGGAUGGUGCUGGUGAACUACUCUGUGGUCGAAGCGAUGAGGCCAAGGCUGCCAUUCUUGGAUUGUUUCUGCCACUGCUACCUCCUCCACCCCGCAUUGUUGAUGUGGUGAGGCCUACUCCACUCCUUCCCAGCUCGACCGGGCCUGAUAACUGGUGGCACAGUCCAAUCCAUCAACCUCACACCGAACAGGUUGAUUCAUGGAAAGUUGUCCCGUCCAGCCCCAGCACGACUUCCUCGAGCGAUUCACACCAGAGCCUUUGGGCUGCCAGCCUUGCGCUUAAUGAGAUUCAAGUUUUGUCGCCAGCUCCGUCGCACAGCCAACCGUACUCCACCGCGGCUUACAGUGAGCCUCAGUACUUCAGCGCUCCAGUGACCACAGCAUCAAUUCAGCAGUUCUUGCUACCCAGCAUGCUUGCGCAGCAACAAUGUAGCACUGCAGCGAGUAUUAGCGGUUUUGGUUGGGGUGAGCGCUACCAGGACUUUGCCCUUCCCUAUGGAACUACAAUGUAG